AUGGUACCUACGCGUGAAGAUAGUCCGCCUAUAUAAGGCAUACGCAGGCGUGGGAGCGCCUCUUUUCCUUCGGCGCGCCACUGAAGAUCCUGGUGUCGCCAUGGGCCGCCGUCCCGCCCGGUGUUACCGGUAUUGCAAGAACAAGCCGUAUCCAAAAUCUCGCUUCUGCAGAGGUGUCCCUGAUGCCAAGAUUCGCAUCUUUGACCUGGGGCGGAAGAAGGCAAAAGUAGAUGAGUUCCCACUAUGCGGCCACAUGGUGUCCGAUGAAUACGAGCAGCUCUCCUCUGAAGCCCUGGAGGCUGCCCGUAUUUGUGCCAACAAAUACAUGGUGAAAAGCUGUGGCAAAGAUGGUUUUCACAUCCGAGUGCGGCUCCAUCCCUUCCAUGUCAUCCGCAUCAACAAGAUGUUGUCCUGUGCUGGAGCGGACAGGUGAGCUGGGUCCUGGGUCUCUGCCUUUUCAGGUGUUUUGCCAUAGUUGAGGCCCUUGUUUGGCUUGAUUUUUUUUCUUAAUCAGAGUAAAUAAAUGGGCCUCACACAACCAAACUCAACCACCUGUAAUAAAACCAGGUUACAUGUUACCGGGUGCAUUUUAAUGGACUAUUUUCCCCUCCUACCACUGCACAGAAUUGACUUGAGGGAACGAGCGUAAGAGACAUGGUGACUCAGACUUCACCUCUUGGUGACUGACUGGUGGAGGGAGGUGCUUCUGAGGGAGCAGCGUUAAUCCUGCUGACAGCCGUCUGCCAGCAGCAGGUAGCUGAAGCAGUCACAGUUCAGGCUUUCGGGUGAGCCCAGUGCCACCUCAUAGGUACUGGCUAGUCAGUUUUGGGGUUUUCUGUUCUCUGCAGCCAAUUAAGCCGACUGUG